AAUCAUAUAAUUGCAGCUUAAUGAUUGGAGAGGACGAUCGUGAAAUAGCGACCGUUGGAUCAAACUUAAACCAAAAGUUCCGAGAAAUCGAAUUAUAAAUUGCAGAAGAAGAAGAUGGCUAGCUCUUGAGUAGAAGGGACACAUUUGGUCGGAGAGAUAUGAUGGAAGAAGACGAUAAAUAGAUAAAAGAUUUAAUUUUUAAAUCGAUUUCGUGUGUUUGAUCUCGUUUCUCAAAUCUUUGCUUCAAUGGUUUGUGUCCUAACGGUGGCAUACUCUUGUCAGAAAAAAAGCUAAUCUCUCUUUCAACCCCAGCUCGAAAGUUUGAUCCUUUAUUUCAUAAUUCUUGAAAUGAUGAUGAGAAAGAUUCCUACUUGGCCUUGGAGGCUAUUAGGUGGUAAAAAGGAGAAAGAGACCGAAGCUCUCAAGUUCCCUGCAAAGAUAAAUCGAGAGAAAGGAAGAGUUUUCAAGAGGAAGGAGAUGGGACUUGAGAGCUUUGGUUCGUCCGGCUCAGAAUCUGUGGCUCUUGCUUCUGCUGCUGGGGAUGGGCCUGAGUGGUCUGUUGGAUGGACUGAGCCACAUGGACCUGGUUUCCAAACCGAUGAAGAAGGAGAUGACGGUGGAUUUUUAGUGCUGGUUCCUUGUUACAGAGCUGUCUCUGAAGGCUCUGGUAAUAACCAGUUCUUGUCUGCUGUCAAGAAUCUUCCCAACGGGUUGUCUCCUGAUGGGAAGAACUACAUGGAGCAAUGGCUUUCAUCUCUGCAGAACCUUUGACCAGGUCUCCUUUCUUUUGUAGUUAGUUAAGUAGUUUUAGUUCUCUAAUACCAUUUUGGUUACUACAUUAACCCUGAAAACUCAAAAAAAGA